AUGCAAGACGCGCGCGAGGGACACCACCUCGACUCGACGCGGAGUCCUCACGAGAGAGCGGUGUGCCGGAAGCACCGCCAGCUGGUCCUGCCGUUCUGGCAGUUCGUUCUUCCCGCGCCUCCGGUGCGGCAGAAGCGCUGCGGUGCUUUGGGCCGCGUGAGGUACAUGCCUCAGAGCCUUGCCUGUGCACAGAUGAUGAAGCCAGGUAGUGUUCAGAAGAUGAUGCAAGGAGGAGGGCGUGGGCCAACGCUAUUUGCUUGCUCCGCAGCGGCACCGUCCCUUAAAAAGAGGGCGUAUAAAAAAGCAAUGGCGGACGACGCAGCUUUUGAGGAAGAUGACGACCGUUGCGGUGUAUCGAAUUUAAACGAAGAGGAAAAAGUUGACGCCGAAGGAACUGACGCGCCGAAGGAAAAGAUUUUAUCUCAAAUUAUUAGCCAACAAAAGUUCGAUGGGUCCUGGAUGACUGAUGACAUAGCGUCCAUUCUCCAGAUGGCUUCAGGAGAUAUUCAUGAUGACGUACAAUCCUCCGUCCUGAUGACGGCGCUGGUGGUCGUGCUGCUGCAGGAGUGUUACAGCGACCGCGCUCCUGAGUGGGGCUUGCUGGUCACCAAAGCCAAGAACUUCCUGAAGCAGGGAUCUGCUGGGGACAUCGACGAGACCCUGAAGGCUGCCAAGGACCGACUUGAUGCCCUGCGCGCCAAGUAUCCUGGCCACGCUGUCUUUACGUAGGGAAUUAGCGUAGAGGACCGAAGACGCCGGCCUCAGCUGGUGUCCGGUAGCGGAUUAAUUUCCUGCUGGCUUUAAUAAUUCAUUAAUUGUGCUUGCUAAUUGGUUAGUCACGGAAUACGUUCACGGAAAUCUAAAAAUAAAAAUUGUUCUUAGUUACUACGUGUGUCAAAAAUUUUGUUUAUGGCAUGAACAGGAAGAAGAAUUACUUCCAAUUGAAAAUAUCGAACCUCAUAUUCUGAUAGCAAAAUGUAUAAUCGAUCCAUCAAUCCGUCGACCCCAGUAAAUAACAGGUCCCAUCAGUGCAUAGAUAAUUUUUAAUUCAACAGGGUUUCUGUAGCUAUCAUUUCAACAUUAAACAUAUAUAUGCUUCAAUUUUAAGUCUCAUUGUUUGCCCUCUAAAAAUUUUUUGCUAUAAUUUAGCGGAACACCAUCGACCUUCUGACCAGUUUGAAACAAGACCAGUCUGUUUCUGCUUUAUUUCGCGUGAAGAAAAGCAGGCUGUUAUUAUAGGCUGCUAUUGAUAUAAUGGCUAUAUUAUACAAAUAAGCUUAUUUCACCCCUUUUAUUAGCUAACUAAACCUGCAGCAUAAACGCAAUCUGCAAACCGGAAAAAAGUAAUGCAGAAGAAACUAAUAUGUCCUCUUCCGGCACACCCGCUUCAUUGGCAAGUAACACUAUAGGUUUACGUUCAUUUCACGUUUCAAAAAUUUCGGAUCUUUUAGACUUGUUGGUGCCAUGGUGAGUCUAAAUUCUAAUUUGGUGUCACCGAUUUAGUUGAUUCCGGUAUUUUGUCUCCGUUCUGAAACUUAAACUGUGAUCGCUUCUUUGAAUGAACAUUCUCCUAUUUUGAAGACUAAAUUGUGCCUUGUGCAGAACUUACAUGCGCAGCUGGUUGGUCGACCUGGUCGAUGAUGAAAUCGAUGACAAUGCAGUGAAAGUGAUGCUAUAUUUUUUGUUGAUUUUACGUUGUAUUUAUUUUUUAGCCAUCGAGUUAUGUAUGUUCGCUAAGCGGCGAUACUUGCAGUCACUAGCAUCACCACCUACCCGCGCAAUGAUUUAAUUUAAUUCUAGAUGUUGUUUGUAAAUUCCCUAUUUGACUGUCGCGGUAUAUUUUCUGCUGGAAAUGCGGCUUCGCAAAGAAAAUAUCUAGACGCUUCCGCCAAUAGCAGGCUCUGCAAUGCCUUGCACCUUACGGACCAGGCAAUAAGUCCAGCAGCUAUCUCAAUCAAUUGUC